AAAAACCAGGCAGAAGCUGGCUGCUCUGACCAUAGUUUGCCUUACUGUCAAACAUCUCUCUCUCUCUCUCUCUCUCUCUCUCUCUCUCUCUCUCUCUCUCUCAAACACACACAGACUAUAAGACAAGACAACUUUUUCUCAGUUUUGACAGGACAGCAACAAAGUGGAAAGCCGGUUGCUGAUUUUUACAUCCUAUUUAUUUCAUGGAGGCUGCUUGUGGUGGGAUCUAAUUCAUAUCAAAGCUUGUAAGGGGGAAAGCACAGCAGGAAGAGAAGAGAAAUAGAAUUUUGUUUGGAGCUGGCUCUCCAAAUUCUUCUCCGGACUGAGAAAGCAAAACGGCAUUGAGGAACCAGCAGUGUCCCAAAGGAGCCGAAUAUCACCAUGGGGCUUCCCUUGCAGGUUUUGACCUGUGCCAUCAUAGCUUUGCUACACCACCAUGUCAACGGUGGGCUCAUCAAGAGAAUUAUCCGGCAGAAGCGGGAGACCGGGUUAAACGUGACCUUGCCGGAGGAUAACCAGUCUGUGGUCUUUAACCACGUCUACAACAUUAAUGUACCCAUGGGCUCCCUCUGCUCUGUGGACUUGGACUCAGCUAAUGAGGACGCAGACCUGAAGCCCCAGGUUGAGCCAAGCAAGACCUACCAGGAGCACACGGUGAACGAGGGGAACCAGAUUGUCUUCACACACCGCAUCAACAUCCCCCGCCGGGCUUGUGGCUGUGCAGCUGCCCCUGACAUCAAGGAUCUGCUGAGCAGACUGGAAGAGCUGGAGGGGCUGGUAUCCUCUCUACGAGAUCAGUGCUCCAGCAGCGCUGGCUGCUGCCACAGCAGCCUAACAGCAGAGGGACAAGUGGACACCACGCCGUAUUGCAGUGGACGAGGGAACUACAGCACUGAGCACUGUGGCUGCAUUUGUGAACCUGGCUGGAAAGGACCCAACUGCUCAGAACCAGAAUGCCCGAACAAUUGCAACAACAAAGGCCACUGUGUCAAUGGAAAAUGUAUCUGUGUUGAGGGCUUCACUGGGGAGGACUGCAGCCAGCUCACCUGCCCCAAUGACUGCAGUGACCAAGGCAAAUGCAUCAAUGGUGUCUGUCUGUGCUUUGAGGAGUACACCGGUGAGGACUGCAGUGAAGAGCUUUGCCCGGUGGCAUGCAGGGAGCAUGGAAAGUGUGUGAACGGUCGGUGUGUGUGUGAUGAAGGCUUCACCGGUGAGGACUGCAGUGAGCCGCUCUGCCUGAACAACUGCAAUAACCGUGGGCGCUGUGUGGAGAAAGAGUGUGUGUGCGACGAAGGCUACACAGGUGAAGACUGCGGCGAGCUUAUCUGCCCCAAUGACUGCUACGACCGUGGCCGCUGUGUCAACGGGACCUGCUACUGUGAGGAGGGCUUCACCGGGGAGGACUGUGGGGAGCUUACCUGCCCCAACAACUGCAACAACAAUGGCCGCUGCAGUAAUGGGCUGUGCAUCUGCAAUGAGGACUUUGUGGGCGACGACUGUAGCGAGCGGCGGUGCCCCAAGGACUGCAACAAGCGGGGGCGCUGCGUCAACGGGAAGUGCGUGUGCAACGAGGGCUUUGCUGGCGCCGCCUGUGGCCAAGUGAAGUGCCCCAAAGAUUGUAACAACCGGGGCCGCUGCGUCAACGGGCAGUGUGUGUGCCAGGAGGGCUUCAUGGGCGAAGACUGCAGUGAGUUGCGGUGUCCUAGCGACUGUAGCAACCGGGGCCGCUGUGUCAAUGGGCAGUGUGAGUGUGACGAGGGCUUCACAGGCGAGCAUUGCAGCCAGCUGAAGUGCCCCAAUGACUGUAACAACCGGGGGCGCUGCGUCAACGGGCAGUGUGUGUGUGAAGAGGGCUUCGUGGGCGAGGACUGCGGAGAGCUGAGGUGCCUCAACGACUGUAACAACCGGGGGCUCUGCGUCAACGGGCAGUGUGUGUGUGAAGAAGGCUUCGUGGGCGAGGACUGCGGAGAGCUGAGGUGUCCCAACGACUGUAAUGAGCACGGGCGCUGCGUCAAUGGGCAGUGCGUGUGCGACGAGGGGUACAUGGGGGAGGACUGUGCUGAGCUGAGGUGCCCCAAUGACUGCAACAACCGGGGGCUCUGCGUCAACGGGCUGUGCCAGUGUGACAAUGGGUUCACUGAGAUCGACUGUAGCCAACAGCGGUGUCCCAGUGACUGCAACAACCGGGGGCUCUGCGUCAACGGGCUAUGCCAGUGCGACGAGGGCUUUCGAGGAGUGGACUGCGGUGAGCGAUCCUGCCCCAACAACUGCAAUGACAUGGGCCGCUGCGUUGAUGGGCAAUGCAUUUGUGAUGACGGAUACGAAGGGGAUGACUGCUCCAAUGUGUCCUCUCCAAGCGACUUGACAGUGACAGAUGUGACAGAUCAGACGGUCAAUCUGGAAUGGAAGAAUGAGAAUCUAGUCAAUGAGUAUCUCAUCACCUAUGUUCCUACCAGUGUUGGUGGCCUAGAACUGCAGUUCAGGGUGCCUGGAAACAAGACAUCUGCUACCAUCCGUGAACUGGAGCCUGGUGUGGAAUACUUUAUCCGUGUGUUUGCCAUCCUAAAGAACAAGAAGAGUAUUCCAAUCAGUGCCAGGGUGGCAACCUAUCUGCCUGCUCCUGAAGGUCUGACAUUCAAAUCCAUCAGGGAGACAUCUGUGCAGGUGGAGUGGGAUCCUCUGAACAUUUCAUUUGAUGGCUGGGAGCUCGUCUUCCGAAAUAUGAAAAAGGAAGAUAAUGGGGACAUAACCAACAGUUUGAAGAGACCAGACACAUCAUAUAUGCAGCCAGGUCUGGCACCAGGACAACAGUAUAACGUGUCCCUGCAUGUAGUGAAAAACAAAACCAGAGGACCUGGGUUGUUUAGAGUGUUUACCACAAAGCUUGAUGGCCCAAGCCAGAUUGAGGCAAGAGAUGUGACAGACACCACAGCUUUAAUCACAUGGUUCAAACCUUUGGCUGAAAUUGAUGACAUGGAACUCACCUACGGACCAAAGGAUGUUCCAAGGGACAGGACGACCAUCGACCUCUUUGAGGAUGAAAGCCAGUACUCCAUUGGGAAUCUGAAGCCACACACAGAGUAUGAGGUGACGCUGAUCUCUCGGCGUGGGGACAUGGCCAGCGACCCUGUGAAGGAAAUCUUUGUCACAGACUUGGAUGCACCGAAGAACCUGAAGCGCCUGUCUCAGACAGACAACAGUAUCACCUUGGAGUGGAAGAACAGCCAAGCCAGCAUCGAUAACUACAGAAUCAAGUUUGCUCCCAUCUCAGGUGGAGACCAUGCUGAAAUAACUGUGCCAAGGAGUAACCAGGUCACGACCAAGGCUACACUCACAGGUCUGAGGCCUGGAACUGAAUAUGGCAUUGGAGUGACAGCAGUGAAGCAGGACAGAGAAAGCGCUCCCGCUACUAUGAAUGCUGCAACCGAUCUGGAUAACCCCAAGGACUUGGAGGUCACUGAUAACACUGAAACGACCCUCUCCCUCCACUGGAGAAGACCACUGGCCAAGUUCGACCGCUACCGCCUCACUUACAUUAUCCCCUCUGGGAUGAAGAAUGAAAUUGAGAUACCAGCAGAUAGCACCUCUUACCUCUUGCGAGGGCUGGAGGCUGGUACAGAAUAUACCAUCACCCUAGUGGCAGAGAAGGGCAGGCACAAAAGCAAACCCACAAUGGUGAAGGAGUCUACUGAGGAGGAACCUGAGCUCGGAAAGUUUACAGUAUCGAAGGUUAGCUGGGAUGGUUUCCAACUCAACUGGACAGCCGCAGAAGGGGCCUAUGAGACUUUUGUCAUUCAGGUGCAGGAGCCUAACAAUCCAGAAGAAGCUCAGAAUCUCACAGUCCCAGGCAGCCUACGCUUUGUGAAUGUUACUGGCCUCAAGGCUAACAUGCCCUACACUGUCACACUUUAUGGUGUGAUUCAGGGCUACAGGACCAAACCCCUUUCUGUUAACACCACAACAGCAGCAGAACCUGAAGUUGGUGAACUAACGGUUUCCAGCAUUACCCCCGAAAGCUUCAACCUUUCCUGGACAGCCACGGAUGAGGCCUUCAAGACCUUUACCAUUGAAAUUAUUGAUUCUAGCAGGUUACAGGAGCCCAUGGAGUACAACAUUUCAGGCAACUUAAGGACUGCUCAUAUCUCAGGGCUUUCCCCCAAAACUGAUUUUAUUGUCUACCUCUCUGGGAGCACGCGUGGUUUCCGCACAAAGGCAAUAAGUGUUGCAGCUACUACAGAGUCCAUGCCCCCACUGGAAAACCUAACUGUCUCUGACAUUAAUCCUUAUGGGUUCACGGUGUCCUGGAUGGCAUCGGAGAAUGCCUUUGACAACUUUCUAGUAAUCGUGGUGGAUUCUGGCAAGCUGCUGGACCCACAGGAGUUCCUCCUUACAGGAGCCCAGCGGCAACUGGAACUUAAAGGCCUUAUUACUGGCAUUGGCUAUGAGGUUAUGCUUUAUGGUUUUGCCCAGGGGCGCCAAACAAAGCCCCUAAGCACUGUGGCUGUUACAGAAGCAGAACCCGAGGUCGACAACCUUCUGGUUUCAGAUGCUACCCCAGAUGGCUUCCGUCUGUCUUGGACCGCAGAUGAUGGGGUCUUCGACAGCUUUGUUCUUAAAAUCAGGGAUACCGACAGGCAGUCUGACCCACGGGAACUAAUAGUGCCAGGCCAUGAACGCACCCAAGAUAUAACAGGGCUGAAAGAGGGUACUAAGUAUGACAUUGAACUCUAUGGACUUAUCAGUGGACGACGUUCCCAGCCCAUAAAUGUAGUAGCUACCACAGCUGUGGGAUCACCCAAGGCACUCACGUUCUCUGACAUUACUGAAAACUCAGCCACAGUCAGCUGGUCACCUCCAAGGACCCGAGUAGAGAGCUUCCGGAUUUCAUACAUCCCCAUAACAGGAGGUACUCCCAAUGUUGUGACAGUGGAUGGAACCAAGACUAGGACCAAGCUGGUGAAACUGAUCCCAGGUGUAGACUACACUGUCAGUAUAAUCUCCAUCAAAGGAUUUGAAGAAAGCGAGCCUAUCUCUGGAAUUCUGACUACAGCUCUGGACAGCCCAUCAGGACUGGUAGCAGUGAAUAUCACAGACUCUGAGGCCUUGGCAGUCUGGCAGCCAGCGAUUGCCACAGUGGACAAUUAUGUCAUCUCCUACAUUGCUGAGGAUGAUCCAGAAGUUACUCAGACGGUGUCUGGGAACACUGUGGAAUAUGACCUUAAUGGCCUUCGUCCUGCAACUGAAUAUAUGCUAAGGAUCUAUGCAGUAAAGGGACCUCAGAAGAGUGAGACGGUCUUCACCAAAUUCACUACAGGCAUGGAUGCACCAAGAUCUUUGAAUGCCAUUGAGGUCCAGUCAGAAGCAGCAGUAUUGUCAUGGAGGCCUCCACGGGCUUCUGUCACCGGCUAUCUCCUUAUCUACGAGUCUAUCGAUGGCAAAGUCAAGGAAGUCAUCCUGGGACCUGAGGCAACUUCCUACAGCCUGUCUGAGCUAAGCCCAUCCACCCAGUACACAGUGAAGCUGCAGGCACUGAACAGAGCCCUGAAGAGCAAGAUAAUCCAAACUAUUUUCACCACAACUGGACUUCUCUAUCCUUACCCUAAAGACUGCUCCCAAGUUCUGCUGAAUGGAGAAAGUACCUCUGGACUUUACACCGUAUAUAUGAAUGGAAACAAGUCCCAGUCUGUGGAGGUGUAUUGUGACAUGACCUCUGAUGGAGGUGGAUGGAUUGUGUUUCUGAGGCGUCACAAUGGAAAGGAGGAUUUCUACAGGAACUGGAGGACUUACACUGCUGGGUUUGGGGAUCCCAAGGAUGAAUUCUGGAUAGGUCUGGAGACCCUCCACAAAAUCACUUCCCAGGGCCAGUAUGAGCUGCGUGUGGAUCUGCGAGACAAGGGCGAGACAGCUUAUGCUCUCUAUGACCGGUUUAGCGUGGGAGACUCCAAGACCCGUUAUCGGCUAAAAGUGGAUGGAUACAGUGGAACCGCAGGUGACUCCAUGACCUAUCACAAUGGACGGUCCUUCUCCACCUUUGAUAAGGACAAUGACGCUGCCAUCACAAACUGUGCGUUGUCCUACAAAGGUGCUUUCUGGUACAAGAAUUGUCACCGAGUCAAUCUGAUGGGCAGAUAUGGGGACAACAGCCACAGUCAGGGUGUUAACUGGUUCCAUUGGAAGGGCCAUGAAUACUCCAUCCAGUUUGCAGAAAUGAAGUUGAGACCCAUCAGCUUCCGGAAUCUAGAAGGGAGACGAAAGAGAGCAUAAAACCCAGAGAUGGAGGAAAGUUUGGGAAGCCGAGUGGGGGUAGUGGGAGGGUUUUCUGGAAUAACAGGGGGGAGGGGGAGAUAAGGCAGCUGGUAAUCUUACCAAAGCAUCGAUGACGCUUGGCCUAACUGGGGCUCCUUCUACAGUCUGAGUGACCAGCCUUAUGCAACCACAGCAUCUUCUGCAGACCAGCUUUCGCUGCCCAUGGUUAAUGCCCUUCACACCAAAGACAACAAUCUCAAGGGUCCUAUAUUGAUUUUAGAUUUUGGGAGGGGGGUUUUUCUCAGAGAGGUUCCGUGACAAGAUUCUUCCAUGGUCUCUUGGGCAGCUCAAGGGAAGGGCGGGGGGAAAGGCUGUACAUUGAUAGUUUGAGAACCAGCCAUAUUUUACACACACAAAUUUGUAUGAUUAUCAUUAUUAUUAUUAUUGGUCAAACUUCUGUUGGUCAUUGGAAAGCUUUUUUUAAAUAUAUAUAUAUAUAUCAUGUAUCGCAGAGAAAGAUGGGGAAGGGGAAGCAAUUUAAAACAUAAGCAAAAUCUUAAUUUUAUUAAUAUAAUGACAAAAUAAUAAUAAUAAUAAUAAGCUACAUUUUUGUCAUGCUUUCCGAAACACAGCAGGACAGUGUCUGAUUGUAUUUUUUUUUAAAUAAAGCACAAUUUUAAAUAAACCUCUACAUUUUCUUCAUGCAUCAACUUUGUGCACGUCCAGGGUAUAUUUCCUUAAGUAGGGGAGUAAAGAAGGCUGAGAAUGAUCAGGAUGUUAAAUUUAUUCAGAAAGCACGCUCCCUUUUGUCAGUGUUUGGGUGUAAGUAUUCUGGUGGACUCCUUGCAGUGGAAUGCUCAGGGAGGUUUUUAGAGGGUGUUCCUUUUUUCCUAUCCAGAAGCACAUUCGCCGUGCCAUCGAACUGACUGACUCUUACGUUCAACUAGGUGGGAAUCACUAACAAAACCAAACCAGCAAAAUGCAAAGGUGGGAUUAGCUACCAAUUGGUGAUGGGGGACACCUGUGUAAAUAAAGGGCUCCUUUUAAAAAAAAAAUGAACGAAGCCUCUGUGUAGUUCCUCUGUACCAUACUCUUUGAUUUAAAGACAAUAAAAAACCUUUUGUUUUAA